CAACAAAUCCUUACGAGGACAAAGACAACACAAAAUCCAUUCCUUGUUGCGUUAUUUACUUCGUUCCAUACGGAACAGCACGCCUACUUUGCAAUGGACUAUGCAGAGGGUGGUGACUUGGCAUCCCAGCUGUGCCAGCAUGGCAUUUCGCUGGAGAGAACUAUAUUUUAUUCUGCCUGCAUCACCCUAGGUGUGAAGUUUCUACAUGAGAACAAGAUUGUACAUAGAGAUUUAAGACCAAGAAACAUACUUCUGGAUGGCCAAGGGUAUGCGAAAAUAGCAGGCUUUGGGCUCUGUAAAGAAGGAGUUGGAGAUAAUGACAGAAUCCAGAGCUGCUGCGGAACGCUGCCGUACAUGGCCCCAGAAAUGCUCACAGAGGGCUCCUAUACCAGAUCGGUGGACUGGUGGGCUCUAGGAGUUCUCAUUUACAAGAUGCUUGUUGGCAAGAAACCCUUUAGCGGAAAUGAUAUAGAGAAUGUGAAGAACAGAAUCAUCAACGAAAGCCCAAGUUUUCCACCAGAACUUGAUGCAAAUGCAAAGUUAAUAAUAAUUAAACUCUUACGCAAAGAGGCCAAAUACCGCCUUGGGUCAAGCCAACGAGAUGCUGAAGAAGUUAUGGAAACUCCGUUAUUCAGGGGAUUAGACUGGGGUGCGUUUCUGAAAAAAGAAAUCCAGCCCCCAUUCACUCCCCAAAUCAGUGUGUCAGUCCAACUUGGGGAGCAAAGGGUUUACUUAAAGUGCCCAGACACCCCAAAGGCAAUAAAGGAAUCUGUGGAGUCAGAGAGUGAAAUGGAAGAGCCACAGAUCCCAGAGGAUAUUGCUCAGAGCGUUCCCACAGAAGAUGAGCAAUCUGCAAGCUCUUAUUUGAGCGGUGAUGAACCACUGAGUAAACACACUGAUCCGAGUUCUGAGUUCACUACUUCCAGUUCUGAUUAUACUGAUGGAAGUGAUUCUUCUUCUGAGCCGGAAACGGCUAGAGAUUAUUACUGUGCAUUGAUCAGAGAGAUUGAUACAGCACUAAACCACGAAAAGGUGGACGCAAGGAAUCAGACAACUAUUGCUGAUUUCCAAAUACAAUGUGAACUCGGUGCUGGUGCUUUUGGAAAGGUAUAUCGAGCGCAACAUAGAGAAUCCAGGAGUAUUGUAGCCAUCAAGACUCAACAGAAGGCUGCAGUCACCAGCAUAAUUGAUUAUAGAAGCAUUCUCCUGGAGCAGCGCAUCCUUCUUAUGGCAAAGCGACAGCAGAAUCCUUUUGUUGUCGGUUUAUUCGCCUCCUUCAUAACCGAGCAACAUAUCUGCUUCGCUAUGGAUUACGCUCAGGGAGGGACCUUGGAGUCCCAACUGAAACAAGGUGCCAUAUCGCUGGACAGAACUACGUUCUUCUGCUCCUGCAUUGUCCUCGGGCUGAAGUUUCUACAUGAAAACAAGAUUGUUCAUAGAGAUUUGAAGCCAGAAAACAUCCUACUGGACAGCCGAGGAUAUGCCAAAAUAGCAGACUUUGGUCUUAGCAAAGAAGGAAUUGGCUACGGGGACGUGUUCCUGAGCCGCUGUGGAACUGUAAUAUAUAUGGCUCCAGAAAUCUUCAUGGAGUCAAACUUUACCAGAUCAGUUGACUGGUGGGCUCUUGGAGUGAUCCUAUACAGAAUGGCUAUUGGCGAGUGUCCAACCUGGAUGAAAGGUGGACUUUUCUGUAUAAGCCCCAUUAUAGUAUCCCCUCUGUGUAGCUGA